UGCGUGUUGUAUUUAUGCAAGCGUCUGUUUUAUUGCACGCGGGACAAUAAAGAAUGUCGAAUUAGAAGCCAUCAUGCGUUUGUUUAAGUGCGCCAAGCAUCAUAUCGCCUCGGCGCAAUGAGGCUUCAAGUGCGUAAUGACAUGCGCGUCUUUGUGCUGCUCGCUGUUCCAACAUGGACGUGCAUGUGGCCUUGGCGUUUUUGCUGCCGCCUCGUACGCCCUUCAUUAAUAAGGCUGGAGGUCAACGUCAAUGCUUCCACGUCUGUGGACGUUCGUGGGGCGGAAGAGAGAAUGGGGGGGGGGGGUGUCUUGCAUGCGCGCGGAUGGCAACUUGUCAACUUGCUGUCAAUAAGUGAGACUGAAUGAAAAUAUUGCAGUUCUUCGUCUUGGUCUCUCUCGUUCAUGAUGGCGCAGAGAGGAGUUCCCCCCCAGCAUCCAGGGAGCCAAUGGAGGCUCUCCCACGGCCUCACAUGAGUUUCUCAGGACGGCUUUUUUUUUUUUUUUUAAUGACCGAUAUUGAUGUAUGGUAAUUUCUUGGCCGGCGGAUCACAUGACACAAUUACCUCAAGAAUCGAUCAAGAUGUAUAGCGAGCCCGCUCGCGGCUCUUUGCGCGCGUCUGGGCUGCCGAGCCAGAUGGGCCAAGUUUAACGGGCACAAGCCGCGGAGAAGCCUCCUCCUCCGCCUCCUGGUCCCGCCGCCGCAGACAUGACGGACUACGACGAGCGCUCUUCCAACAUGUAUCUGCCGGGCUGCACUUACUACGUCUCCACGCCCGAUUUCACCUCCGUCUCGUCCUUUUUGCCGCAAAGCACCUCGUGCCAGGUGAAUUUCCCCUACUCGGCCAACAUCGGACAACCUGUCCGCGAGGUCUCCUUCAGGGAUUACGGACUGGAGCACCCCAGCAAAUGGCACUACCGGGGCAACUACGCGUCCUACUACUCCUCGGAGGAGAUCAUGCACCGGGAUUUGAUCCAGUCGUCCUUCAAGAGCGAGCCCCUCUACGGCGGUGGCCCCCACGCGGGCGCCGCCUCGCCCUGCAACCUCUUCCCCGGCGUGGGACGCAACGGGGUCCUGCCGCAGGGCUUCGACCAGUUCUUCGACGGUUCCAACUCGGACAAGAGCGCCGCCGAGCCGCCGCCUCCUCCUCCACCGCCGCAGCCCAGACAGAAAAGCGGCGAGGAGACGGCCGGUGACGAGCCCAGCGUGGACGACGACUCGUCGUCCAACUGUGGCGACAAGAGCAGCCAGCAGACCUCGACAAGCAAGUCACGAAAGAAAAGAUGUCCCUACUCCAAGUACCAGAUCCGAGAACUUGAGCGAGAGUUCUUCUUCAACGUGUACAUCAACAAGGAGAAACGCCUGCAGCUCUCCAGGAUGCUCAACCUGUCCGACCGCCAAGUCAAGAUUUGGUUCCAGAACAGACGGAUGAAGGAGAAGAAGCUCAACCGUGACCGUCUACAGUACUUCACUGGCAACCCGCUCUUCUGAUACACACAACACACAAACAAAAUACACACACACUAAUAUAUCUCCAAACACACGCCAAAGACUGAGCCUUUAUGCAUAUGUCAGCCGCCAUGUAUUCGAAACGGCAGCGUGACGUCACGUGUGUCCAAUUCAUUUAUUUAUGUUAAUCACACCUACGAAAACAAACUAUAUUUUAGCCGCCAUUAUUUAUUCGUGUGUAUGAGCAUUUAAAGGAUGCAUGUCAUGUGGUGUCAAUGUGUCAAAGCAAAAAUGUUCAACUAAAUGACAAGCGGCUGACGGAGAAUUUUUUUUAGCCUGGGGAGAAAUGCGACUCCUCGCCUUUAUUUCCCCUCCUUUCACACACUGGAUUGUUUACUAAACCUUGAACCGUCUAGACACAAUCGUAAAAGCAGCUGUAAACGGCUAAAUAAGGGGCCAUUGGACUUUGGAAAACCCACAUCUACUUCUUCCAAUGCAGACCUUCUUUCCUGCCUCAAAGUACAGUUGCAAAUGUCCAAGGAGCUGGAGAGCUAUUUUGAGGGAUUAAUUUUGGACAUUUAACAUGGAGCAACGUGGACGUGGACUUGAGUUUUCUCAAUGUACGUGAGUGUGACUGCCUUAUUCUGCUUAAUCCAUGUGCUCAAAUGUGGUAAUGCAUUUUUAAUUUGAAUCGACUGGGUGAUGGGGUGUGUGGGGGCGGGGGUUGCAUUAAAUAACAAGUUUGACGAAGCGUUUAAUAACAUCGCUAUCAAAAUCCAGCAGUGAAAUGGUAUUAAUGGUAUUAGCGACUGUGCACGUCGUUCAGCAAAAUGUCCACAAGAGGGCAGCCUUGUUGUUUUGGUGAAGGGGAUGAAGCAGGAGAAUUUAAUCCAGUUGAAUUAUUUCUCGUCGUGUGUGUGUGUGUGCGUGUGUGUGUGCGCACACACACAUCUAUAUAAACUACAUACUACUUUAUUUGAUCAUAUUCCAUCUUUCUUUUGGGCGUCAGCUAAGAGUGCAUAACACGUCACAAAAACACAGAGAAAUAAUACGAUAAAAAGUAUAAUACAAUUUCAAAUGUACGUACAAUCUUUUUUUUUUUUUUUUUUACUUGAACGCACAAAUAUUCUUGAUGCUGGGAUUUCAAGAGGAUUUUUUUAAGCGAACCUCUCAUUUAAUGUCUGCUGCAAAUGUAACAGGCUACACUAAAACGGUCGCCCUCGCCCCAAAUGUAUUUUGCUUUAUUUAAAAUUGUGCUAUUAUAUUCGCGUAUUCUUUUUUUCAAUGGUUUGCCGUUGAGACAUAUUAUGUACAUAAUGUGCGUGUGUGUCUGCGUGUGUGUGUCUGUGUGUAUGUCUCUGGGUGUGUGUUGGCGCAUGUAUAAUGAAAAUAAAAACUAUACCUAACA